AUGUCCCCAAAACCAAAGGCACCGUGUCUGAACCUGACCAGCAGAAGGACGCCGGCAAACUCACCGGGACUGGAGCACGGCGGCUCCGGCUCCUUUCUUCCCUGCGAUGAGCUGCAGAAACCUUCGCACCUUCCUCCUCCUCCUCUGCCUCACCGUCUCAGCCUGCGCGGGGAUCUGUACGCCGCAGCCAUGGGGAGGUUUGGCGACGGCGCGGCGGACUUUACGCACGGCUCUGCGCCGGCGAACCAGCCCGGCUCACCGUCCAAACACAGCAAGUUCUUGGAGAGUAUAAACCCGGAUCAAAAAGGGGCAGCGAUAAGCGGCAAACCGGCGUUUUAUGACAACAACACGGAGGUCAGGGAGAAAGGAGCCCCAAAACCCCUGAGCUAUCCCGGGAUUGGCUCAGACUGCUGUGGCAAGCUGAAGGAGCCGGGCGGCGGUUUACAGGGAGACUCUAUCGCCGACUCCAUCGACUUAUCGGGCAAGAACAAGAAGCGACGCAAUCGCACCACCUUCAGCACCUUUCAGCUGGAGGAGCUGGAGAAAGUGUUUCAGAAGACGCACUACCCAGACGUGUACGCCCGGGAGCAGCUGGCGCUCAGGACGGAGCUGACCGAGGCUCGGGUUCAGGUCUGGUUCCAGAAUCGUAGAGCCAAGUGGAGGAAACGGGAACGCUACGGGAAGAUCCAGGAGGUCCGCAACCACUUUGCUGCUACAUAUGAUAUUUCUCUUCUCCCUCGCCAUGAUACAUACCAGAUGCAGGGCAACCUGUGGCCAACGGCGGCUUCGGGAGGAAGCGGUGCCUCAGGUGCUGGUUGCGUCCUCGGAGCCGACUCCAUCCCCUCGUCCUGCAUGAGCCCGUACCCCCACCCCCACAGCAACCUGCAGGGCUUCAUGGGCAUGCCCGCCUCCCCCAGCCACCCGCACCACCACCACCCGCCUCACCAUCCAGGCAUCAACGGCCUCUACUCGCUCCACAGUUUCCCAGGAGGGCUCGGGUCCCACUCCAUCGAGGGGCCUGAGGCUGACUACAAGCCGACGGGUCUGGUGGCGCUGCGGAUGAAAGCCAAAGAGCCGGGCAGCAUCCUCUCCUGGCCGACAUGACCACAACAGUGCCAGCUCCCCAUUAUGCACUGACUGAGCCAAAGCAUAUAACAUUCCUGACCCGUACACAGUCCCAGAUAUACACACCCACCUCAGCAUAUGACUCAAAUAUUUC